AUGGGCCAAGUAUGUGAUGCACUAAAUGAGAGAGAAAAUGGUAAACUCCCAAGUCAACCUCCACAAAUUCAGAAAAGUGCAUUUCAGGCAAGUACGUCAGCUUGCAAUGAGCCCUCACAUGAUCAAGUGAAUGCUGUCACUACUCUGCGUAGUGGUAAAGUUGUCGAUAAUAAUGUAGGUAUACCACAGUCGAGCGAGUCUGAGUCAGACUCACCUUUGCACACUACUCCACAGAGAACACCUGUUGUAGAAAAUGAAUCUGAGCAUGUUGAUAAAUCUAAGAGUGAUGCUUAUAUGAAUAUUUCUUUGCCAUGUCAUGUGCCUGUUGCUCCAUUCCCACAAAGGUUGGUACAAGAAAAUAAAAUGGGAAACCAAUACAACGAGAUAUUGGAAAUGUUUAAACGAGUUAAUAUAAACAUUCUAUUUCUCGAGGAAAUCAAGCAAAUACCUGCUUAUGCUAAAUUCUUGAAAGAUGUAUGCACACAGAAGCGAAAGCUCUAUGUGCAUAAGUGUGCAUUUCUUACCGAGCAGGUAAGCUCCAUAAUUCAAAACAAGAUUCCAACUAAGUUUAGAGACCCAGGUCUUGGGAAGCUGAAACCCACUCCUGUCACGCUGCAAUUAGCGAACAGAUCUGUAAACAUCCCUCGAGGACGUCCAUUCUUGGCAACGUCCAAUGCUAUCAUCAACUGUCGUAAUGGUGUGCUGAAAUUAUCUUUUGGUAACAUGACUGUGGAAUUGAAUGUUUUUAAUGUGAAUCAACAACCCGUAUACUUUGAUGAUAAUGAAUUGCAUGAAAUUAACAUGAUUGAGAGUCUGAUCCAAGACUCUUUGCCUGACAUCUUAUCUGUAGACCCUUUGCAAGCAUGUCUAGAUAACUUUGACUUGGAUCUUUUUAAUUCUGAGUAUAUUGGUCAAGUGCACUCUUUGCUUGAAUAUGUACCACCCAUGGACAUUGCUAAAUGGCAGACUGCAGUGGAACCACUUCCACUCUCUGAUUCCAAAUCUGUCGAACCACCUAAGCUUGAUUUGAAGCCAUAG